CUUUUUCUUAUUUUUUUUUUCACUUCCUGUUAUGUCAUACCAACCACCACCUCAAUACGGCCAAGCACCUCCUCCACAAGGUAAUUAUGGAGCACCUCCUCCAGGUACCCUAGCUCAAGGAUAUAAUCGUCCACCACCACCUAAUUAUGGUGGUGCAGGAGGUUAUGGACAACAACCUCCACCACCAGGUCCACAAGGAAGACCUCCUCCACCUUCAGGACCUCCUCCAGGCGUUGAUCAACAAUUAUGGUCCUGGUUUAAAGCAGUUGAUACAGAUGGUUCUGGUCAACUUUCAGCUGAUGAGCUUCAAAGAGCUUUAAUUAAUGGUGAUUGGAGCCCCUUUAAUAUUGAAACAGUUCGUUUAAUGGUGAAUAUGUUUGAUUCAGAUAAUAGCGGUACAAUUAAUUUUAACGAAUUUUCUGGAUUAUGGAAAUAUAUUGAAGACUGGAAACGUUGUUUCCAAGCUUUCGAUACCGAUCGUUCAGGUAGCAUUAACCAAUCUGAAAUGGGUAAUGCUUUAAGAUCGUUCGGUUUUAAUGUUUCACCUAAAUUCAUCUAUAUUUUAAUUCAAAAAUUCGAUAGAUAUGCUACUAUUAAAAAUACAGGAAAAGGUGAUGUUACUUUUGAUAAUUUUGUACAAGCUUGCGUUACAGUCAAGACCUUGACUGAUUCUUUCAGACAAUUUGAUACUGAUAAUGAUGGUUGGAUUCAAAUUAACUAUGAACAAUUUUUGGAUCUUGUUAUUCGUCAACGUGCUUAAAAAAAAACCAAAUAUGUAUCAAUAAAUGCAAUUUUCAUCUCUCUUUUGGCUAUUUUUAGUCUUUCUCUCUCUUUA